AGCAGCACCGGGCGGCGGCGCAUGCGCGGAGGCUGGUGGGGCUCUGUCAGUUGGGCCCGGCGGAGCCGCGCUCCUUCCUUCCUUCCUUCCUUCCUUCCUUCCCUCCCUCACGCCCCGGCCAUGUCGUACGGCCCGCUGGAUCCCUACCGCCCCGGGGCGACGCCCCCGCCGCGGGACUUCGGCGGCAUCAUCCAGACAUGCAGCACCAACGUGCAGCGCAUCGCGCAGUACAGACAAGCUUCCACUGUCUCAUGACCAGCAGCCAUCCUAUCUCAGUGCACUGCCUAUUUCAAAUGAAACAAAUAGCCUUACAGUUUUUAUCAAGCUGCUCAAAUAAAGAAUUUGAUGAGCCAGCUGGGAACCAAGCAGGAUUCCAGCAAGCUUCAGGAGAACUUACAACAGCUACAGCAUUCUGCAAACCGCCUUGCCAAAGAGACCAAUGAAUAUCUAAAGGAGUUGGGGUCUCUACCACUUCCUCUAUCUGCUUCUGAACAGCGCCAACAGAGGCUUCAGAAAGAACGUUUAAUGAAUGACUUCUCCAUGGCCUUAAAUAACUUCCAGGCAAUACAGAGGCGAGUGUCAGAGAAGGAAAAAGAGACUGUAGCAAGGGCGAGAGCUGGCUCCCGUAUCUCUGCUGAUGAGCGGUUCAGAGAAGAACAGCUUGUUUCAUUUGAUAGUGGUGAAGAUUGGAAUCAAAUGCAAUCUCAGGAAGAAGAUGUGGCAAUAACUGAACAGGACCUUGAACUCAUUAAAGAAAGAGAAACAGCAAUCAGGCAAUUAGAGGCAGACAUUUUGGAUGUCAAUCAGAUAUUUAAGGAUUUAGCCAUGAUGAUUCAUGACCAGGGAGAUAUGAUUGAUAGCAUAGAGGCAAAUGUGGAAAGUGCAGAAGUCCAUGUGGAAAGAGCCAGUGAGCAGUUACAGAGAGCUGCCUAUUAUCAGAAGAAAUCCCGUAAGAAGAUCUGUAUCCUGACUCUUGGUCUUGCUGUGGCUUCUAUAAUCAUAGGAUUCAUUAUCUGGCAGACAGCAAAAUGAAAGUUUCACAUGGAACCUAGUCUCAUUGCUGAGAUUUUCUUCCCUCAGAGCGAACAGGCUGACUAGUCUUGGAAAUGAAUUGACCAUCCUGAGAGAGCACAAGCUGGAACUACUUCUAGUAAUAGAUAUUAGCAACUAAUGUGCAGAUAACUAGUAUUUGGAAUUAGUGAACCAUGGAGACAGUAUUUAUCAGUUUAUAUUUUUAUGUAACUAAAAUCUUGUGAUUUUGCUUUCUGUAAUGUAUUUAUUCCCUGUCCCAACUGUAUGCUGAAGUGUGAUCAAUAAUUGGAGAUGUCUUGUUUUUGACAAGUGGCACAACUUUAACAUUUUAUAUGUAUAAGUAACUUUGUUGGAGUGGAAUAAGAAUGACAUUCAAAGAGGGCACAACACCAAUUCACAUUACCUUAAUGCAGCAGUUUCUAAAGUCUCCAGUAUCUGCCCCAUGGUUUUAUUAGUCUCCAAGUGGCUGUGGUUCUAGAUUCUCUUGAAGAGAAAGAUGAUGUUACAGAUUGAAAGGCAAGGAGAAGUACGUAUGGAUGAUAGUUGGAACCACUGCGUGCUGGUCAGUUUAGCCUUGAGACUCGUGACUGUGUAGUUUAAUUUUCUGAGAGUGGUUGGGGUGGUUCUUUUCCAAAAUGCAUCAUUUGAGGACAGGAUGUUCUUUGACUUACAAUCUAACAAUACAACUUCCUUAGAGAAACUAGCUGGUGGCUUAUUAUUGGACAAAUAAAUAUCUUCCAAUGCUGACUUUCAAGCACUAGAAAUACAAUGUUUAGCUGCUUGCUCCUAAUUGUUUUUAGAAGCUUCUAGGGAGAAAAUCACACAAAAAUGAGGAAUUGGGCACCUAAGUUUACAAGCUAGCAAGAUAGAUGAGUAUUAGCAGAAAUCUUGCUUCCGAAGUAGUACUCUUAAAGCUCACUUGUAGUGUAUCAGUAAAUAUUACGUGUGGCUUGUGAACAUCUGGUAUUUUCUAUACUUUAUGAAACAAAGUACAGAAACUGAGUGAGUCAAGUGCUAGGUUUUUCAGGCUGAGGAUAUGUAUGCAAAUGAAAAAGAUUGCUGGUUCCAACUGUCUUGCUAGUAGAGCUGGACAGAAUGUAGCAGCCACUCCCUGCUUCGAUGUAGCUCUGAACUGAAAUGCACUGAGGGAACAGUGAUCUGUCCAAAGCCCAAUGGAGUGUGGUAAAUGCAGCAUACUGACCCAUUUUGUAUUUAAUCCUUAUUCCAUGUCUCCUGUAUAAUAAAGUAAAUGUGAAAGCUGGGAAGGGAGGGUGUUCUCCCAAUUGCACAGUGGUUUGCACUAUUGCGCCAUCAUUCCAUCUAAUAACCAUCAAUAAACACUUUUAAAAGCCUA